AUGGCCGCGCCUGGGACAAAGGGCAAGAAGGCAGCGCCCAAAAAGUUAGAACCGUCGAGAAAGGUCAAGCGCCAAAAGGAAAAGGAAAACCUCGAGAAACUGCAAAAUGCCAUCGACCAGCUCGACCCCAAGAAUCCCGAUCUCAAAAAGUUCGCCGACCUCCCUCUUUGCGAACCGACCGCGUCCGGCCUGCGCGCAUCCCACUAUGAGGUGAUGACAGACAUUCAACGUGCUGCGAUUCCACUUGCGCUCAAGGGUCGCGAUAUUCUCGGUGCCGCAAAGACGGGCAGCGGCAAGACCCUCGCCUUCCUCGUCCCUGUCCUCGAGAAGCUCUACCGCGCCCAAUGGACCGAAUACGAUGGCCUCGGUGCUCUGAUCAUCAGCCCAACCCGUGAGCUGGCGAUCCAGAUUUUCGAGGUGCUGCGGAAGAUCGGGCGACACCACUACUUCUCGGCCGGUCUGGUCAUCGGCGGCAAGAGUCUGAAGGAAGAGGCCGAGCGCUUGGGUCGUAUGAACAUUCUUGUGUGCACGCCGGGUCGCAUGCUUCAGCAUCUCGAUCAGACGGCAAAUUUCGACGUGAACAACCUCCAGAUCCUUGUCCUUGACGAAGCCGACCGUAUCAUGGACAUGGGUUUCCAGCAGGCGGUUGACGCACUCAUCGAACACCUGCCCAAGAGUCGCCAGACUCUCCUGUUCUCCGCUACCCAGAGUAAGCGCGUCUCCGAUCUUGCGCGGUUAAGUCUGAAGGAUCCGGAGUAUGUCUCCGUUCACGAAGCAGCCCCGACAGCGACCCCGGCGACCCUCCAACAACAUUACAUUGUCACCCCGUUGCACGAGAAACUUGAUACUCUCUGGGGUUUCCUGCGCUCCAACCUCAAGAGCAAGAUCCUCGUGUUCCUAUCGUCGGGCAAGCAGGUGCGGUUUGUGUACGAGAGUUUUAGGCGUAUGCAGCCGGGUAUUCCUUUGCUACACCUCCAUGGGCGACAGAAGCAGAUUGCGCGCAUGGAGAUCACCAACCGAUUCGCCGCGGCGAAAUACUCUUGUCUCUUUGCAACCGACGUCGUUGCCAGAGGUAUCGACUUCCCUGCUGUCGACUGGGUUAUUCAGGUCGACUGCCCCGAAGACGCCGAUACCUACAUCCAUCGUGUCGGACGGACGGCGCGGUACGAGAGUAAAGGGCGAGCUGUCCUCUUCCUGCUUCCCAGCGAGGAGGAAGGGUUCUUGAAGCGGUUGGAACACAAGAAGGUUCCGAUCCAAAGGGUACAUGUUCGUGAGAAGAAAAAAAAGAGCAUUAAGAACGAGCUACAAAGCUUGUGCUUCCAGUUUGCAGAUGUGAAGUACCUAGGGCAGAAGGCCUUCAUCUCCUACGUCCGGUCUGUGUACCUGCAGAAGGACAAGGAGGUCUUCAAGUUUGAUGCGCUUGAUCUAGACACGUUUGCUGAGUCCCUUGGUCUGCCAGGUACACCGCAGAUUAAGUUCCAGAAGGGAGAGGACGUCAAGAGGUUAAAGAACAUGCCACGUGCGCUCCUGUCAAGCGACGACGAGAGCGACUCCGAUGGAGCAGGCAAGAAGAAGGAGCAGGUAAAGACUAAGUACCAAAAGCUCGCCGAGAGGCAGAACCAAGACGUGCUCUCAUCCCACUAUCGCAAGCUCGUGGAAGACGAUAACCAACAAGACGGCGAAGAAGACGACUUUCUUCCCGUCAAGCGCGUUCUCGAAGGCGACGCCGAGCUCGACGCCGCGGCCGGAGGCUCCGGCGCGCCGGAGGAAAAGCCGAAGGUGGUUAAGCUUGGCAAGACCGAGUUGGUCAUCGACUCGCACCGCCGCGAGAAGCUCCUCAAGUCGAAGAAGAAACUGGCCAAGUACAUGGAAAAGGGGCAGAAGCUUGUGUUCGACGACGAGGGCAAUGCGCAUCCCAUAUAUGAGCUGCAGAACGAGGAGGAGUUCCACCGUGAGGGUCCUGUCGAUGAGCUGCGCAAGCGCUUCCUCGAGACGGAGACCGAGAAAGUCAAGGAGGCGGAUAUCGAAGACAAGGAGAUCGCCAAGAAGAGACUCAAAGAAAAGAGGCUCAAGCGCAAGCUGCGCGAGAGGGAGGAGAUGGGGCUCUUGGCUGGUCCUGCACCUGCUGGUGCUCAGUUGGCUGUCGAUGGGGAGGGGUCGGAUGGAGAGCAGGAAGAUCCUCUUGCGUUAUUGCGGUCGUUGCCUAUUGCUGGAGGUGGUGGCCGCGAUAGUGGGAGUGAGAGGAGCUACAGUGAGAGUGAGUCAGAGGAAGAGAAGCCGAAAAAGAGGAAGUGGUUCCAGAAGGAUGAGUCAUCGGAUGAGGAAGGCGGAGACAGGAAGAACAAGAAGCGCAAGGGAGGAAAGGUCAUUGAAAUGGGACAGGAGCCGACAACUUUGGAGGAUCUCGAGGCACUGGCUACUGGGCUGUUGGAGGAUUAA